UUAAUUCAGAUCCCCCCUCCUCUUGGAGAGCGAAUGGUUCAGCCCAUGGACUCGCUCCAGCUCUCAUAGCACACUGGAGGACUACAAGCGACUAAAAGAUACUGAUUUUUUUGUGUCUGUCAACCAGUGUUUUCAGUAGUAACGCUGUUAUACACCAUAAACACUAUUGUAGUUUUGAAAAUACUCUCAGGGCUGGACGGUUUAUCUAAAGAGACCCCAGCGGCUGUGUCGCUUGGAUGAGAGCAGCAGAAGAGCUGCACUGCAAAGUGUCCGGAAUAAAUAAGACCACAUGCUGAAACAUCACCCUGGAGAUGACCAUUCCCAACAGGGCAGAUGGAUUACAUAAAAAUACCAGCAUGACAUAUGAUUUCUGGAUGGCAUCCUGCCUCCCGGACAUAUCCCAGAGAUAAGUCUAUUUAGGAAGAUAUGAUAUGUAUAAUCUUUUAUUUUAAUGCAGGCUACAGUUGGCAUACUGGAGGUUUUGGAUUCAUAUAGGAUAUUUGUUGCAGCGUUGCACACUACAGCACUACACACUACCACAGUAUCCAUGUAAAUUAGGCUUGGUUGCUGUUUCACACCCCUGAAGCUGGAGAACACCAUCAUUUUAGGCAGGUUUGAGCUAUUUGUUCACUCCAAAGAUUGGACUUCUACAUUGUUCAUCAGGUUCACAUUUUUUAAAUAAUGUCAUAUGCAUUGCAGUUUUUGUUAUUUUUGACAAAUACCAUAUGCUUAAAUUAAUCUCUGACUGUGAGUAGUCUUGUUUGUCAUACAAGUUCACAUAUUGUCUGUGUCAGCAGCCAAUCUGCAGCACACCACAGAAGGACUUUGUUUUUACUUGUUUAUUGAUUUACCAGUUAAAUUCUGCUUGACUUGUAAUUCCAUUGACUUCGCUUAUAUCUACAGAUCCUUGCCUGUUUUUUGACUACACACCAGCUAGUGAAACUCUCGCUGAUUUCUCAGUACUCAGACAGGAUUAGGCAUUCCUAUCCAUCCCUCUGUCCAUCCCCCUCCCUCCCUUUCUCCUCUUGGGGUUGUAAAUAAGCUGGGGCCGUGUAGACCCCUGAGAGGCCCUCCCCCUCCCACUCUUCCCUCUUCAAACUCCCCUGCCCAGCAAGACUCUGCUGCUGCUCUUUAUGCUGCUGAAAGGCGCCUGGGAGAUGCUCAGAUGAUCCAUUGGGCCAUCCUGAACCACAUUGUCCAUACAACCCAAGACAGGGAAGACUAACUGGUGCGAGUGUGAGAGAGCCCUUGGAGGGUGCUGCCAGUACCCUGUAAGGCCUGCCCCGCCAAGCCUGGCAGACAGCUUGGCUUCCCCCUUCACUCCUCCAGCCCCUGAGAUGCCCUCCCCUCCCAAUGAUGGAGAGGAUCAAGGAGCAUCCCCCGUGAAUGUGCCAUCUGUGGGCUCCUACCAGAGCAGUGGGAAGAGGAAGGUGCGCACCAAAAAGAAGAAAGGCACCAUCACCGCCAAUGUCGCUGGCACCAAAUAUGAGAUUGUUCGUAUAGUCAUCAACGAGAUGGACUUUAUCAAGACCCGGGAGGAUGACGAAACUGCCAACCUCAUCUGGAACGACUCGGCCGUGCAGCAUGAGAAAAUCGCUGAGCUCAGGAAUUAUCAGAGAAUUAACCAUUUCCCUGGUAUGGGUGAAAUUUGCCGCAAAGACUGCCUAGCAAGAAACAUGUCCAAAAUGAUCAAGUGCCAGCCUCAAGAGUACAGCUUCAUACCCAAAACUUGGAUCUUCCCCGCCGAGUACACUCAGUUUCAGAACUAUGUCAAGGAGCUACGCAGGAAACGCAAGCAGAAGACCUUUAUUGUCAAACCUGCCAACGGAGCCAUGGGUCACGGGAUCUCGCUUAUCCGUAACUGUGAGAAGCUGCCAGCCCAGGAGCACUUUAUCGUUCAGGAGUACCUGGACAAACCCUUCCUGAUGGAGGGCUACAAGUUUGAUCUGCGCAUCUACAUCCUUGUCACUUCCUGUGAUCCGCUUCGCAUUUUCCUCUACAACGAUGGCCUGGUGCGCAUGGGUACCGAGAAGUACCACGCACCCAGCGAGGCCAACCUGAGCCAGCUCUACAUGCAUCUGACCAACUACUCAGUCAACAAACACAAUGAGAACUUUGAGCGAGAUGAGACCGUGGACAAAGGCAGCAAGAGAUCCAUCAGUUGGUUCACAGAGUUCCUCCGCACCAACGACUACGACGUGGCCAAAUUUUGGGGAGAUGUCUCUGAGCUGGUUGUGAAGACGUUAAUAGUAGCUGAGCCUCAUGUACUGCACGCCUACCGCAUGUGUCGCCCCGGCCAACCACCAGGGAGCGACAGCGUCUGCUUUGAGGUCCUGGGCUUUGACAUCAUCCUGGACCGCAAACUCAAACCCUGGCUACUGGAGAUCAAUCGAGCUCCGAGCUUUGGGACUGAUCAGAAGAUUGAUUACGAUGUGAAGAAAGGGGUGCUGCUCAAUGCUCUCAAACUCCUCAACAUUAGAGCCAGUGAUAAAAAACGCAACCUGGCUCAGCAAAAGGCAGAGGCUCAGAGACGGCUCUAUGGACACGGCUCCAUGAAAAAACUCUCAGCUGCUUCCUCAGACUGGGAGAAACAACGUCACACACUAGAGCGAAGGAGAGAAGAACUGAAAGAGCGGCUGGCACAGGUCCGCAAGCAGAUCUCCAGGGAGGAGCAUGAAAAACAACAUCUGGGGAACUACAGACGUAUUUACCCCCCAGACGACAAGCUGCUGUUGGAGAAGUAUGAAAGCCUGCUCUCGGCCGCCUUUCAGACCUUCCUCGCUGGGCGAGCUGCCUCACUUCAAAAGGAAAUGAAUAAUCCUCUGAAACGAAUGAAGGAGGAGGACAUCUUGGAUCUGCUGGAGCAAUGUGAACUGGACGACGAGAAGCUUAUGGGCAAAUCCUCCAGGCAACGAGGCCCUAAGAGCUUGACCGCCAUGCCAGAGUGCAGCCAGACACCAAGACGUCAACGACCAGACUACCUGGCUGACUUCACCAGCGGCAGCAGCGCUGAAAACUCCUGCUCCUCCUCAGACGAAGAGGAGGAGGAGAGGAGGAAAGCAGGAGGAGGAGGGAGAGGUGGAGAGAAGAGGGAGAAGAAAGUUUCAUACGACCUUGGGGAGAGCAAGGAGAAGAACUUAGCUGAGCGCUCAGGUCGCAUGCACUGGAAACCGCCAAUCAAGUCACUGAAACCCGGCCCCGCCCCCUCUGCUUCUCCGACACUUUCUGGUCCAAUCAGGCGCUCCAUCUCCUGCCCGCGCUCCAUCGCUUCCCUCUCAUCACCCAGUGAGGUGCGGGCAUUGUCCACCAGACCUUCCCCUACUGUUCCCGUGGCCACUCCCCUCGUCAGGCCGAGCUCCGCCACGCUUCGCUCUCAUUCGCUGAGCCGCAGUGGCUCCGCCCACCGUGUGCCUCAUAGCAACAGCCUGGGGACCAUCCACUCCAACAUAGGUGAUCCACUGAUAAACCUGAGGAGUAAAGAGCAGGAAGCAGAGCUGGUGCGUCAGACUCUGGCUGCGCUCACCGCCAUGAGGAUCAGGUUUCCUGGUAAAACCGAGGAAGAGGCCGAGGCUGUGCUUGAUGAGAUCCUCGACAACUGGAAAUACCAUAAACCAAAGGUGGCCUCCUAUUGGCUUGUAAAGUUGGACUCAACCAAACAGCGGAAGGUGUUGGACAUUGUUCGUACAAAUGUACGCUCAGCACUGCAGCGGAUCUGGAGGGAGCCAGACAUAGAGAGCCUGCACCUCUACCGGCUCUUUAACCGAGUCUUCAACCGGCUGCUCUGGAGUCACGGCCAGGGCCUGUGGAACUGCUUCUCCAACACCGGUUCAGCGUGGGAGACCAUCUUCAGUAAGAGCAGCGAGGUGGUGACACCCCAGGAGCUGCAAUGCUGCCGCAGGCUGGUCCAGCUUUGUAGAGACUGCCUGUUGGUCGUCUACAAGUUUGUCUCCGAGUCCCGUGGCUCUUUGACCGGACUCAGCCCAGAGUGGGAUGACACCAGGUAUCUGCUGCCAGUGACCUCCCAGUUCAUCAUGAAGUGGCCUUCGUCCAGCUUUGGUCGCAUCUCCUCGGCUAUGCCACGCUCCCGCAGCCUUUUUGCCGCCAGGAUGGGCCACUUCUGAGGUCACCGUGGCAACCCUGGCUUCAGAAACCCUCGCCUUUUGACCUCAACCGCCCUCCCCUGACUCUCACCCAGCCAAACUCCGAUCUCAGCACUCCCGGUAUGGAUCAGAAUUUGGGGCAACUCUGGACACCGGAUGGAGCCUCAACCUUGGCCAAAUCCCCUGCUGAAGACCAACAAAAGCCGGAUGAUUUGGGAUUGCUAAAGGGCCUUGUUCGGUUUAGUUUAGUUGGCCCUGCCCAGACCAGCAGACCACCUGUACCCUCAAUCCCUACCUUUCUCCUCCAGUAAUACCAGACAAUGGGUUUACCCCUCCUCUCUCAUUGUAAUUGCUGUAUUAUACAUACUCACUGUACAGUUACAAGUCAUGGUACUGUAAAAGGAAAGAAUAACAAAAUACUAAACAAUGCAAGGAUUAUUUAUUUAUGUACUUAUUUAUUUUGUAAGAUAUUCCAUGAAUGCAGUGAAUGCUGACGCAGAAUGCAGAUAUGGAAUGAUAUCAACAUAGCGAUCCCUUGUUUGAGAAAGUGGAUGUAAAAAAAAACAACAAAAAGCUUAUUUUUGCUGGCUGUAAUCAUUUAUUUUAUUUCUGUAUUUACACUGAAUUUAAUUUAUUUCAUAACUUAUAUCAGAGGCUUUAUGUUAAGAAAUGUUUUAACAGUCACUUUAUGUUCUAGUUUUUGCAGUUCAGAGUACAGUAGAGAGGCGGUGCCCAGACAACUAAAAAUGUUUAACUUUUGAAUGCUAAAGCUUCAUGUUUUACCUGUGUGAUAUUAAGUGCAGCAUUAUUAAGCAACACUAUGUUUAGAAUGUCAAUGUAGUAAUGCCAAGCCUGUUUGCCUCUUAGAGAAUGAGCUGACUUUGACGCCACAGCGUAAAGAGCCAAACUGAAGUCCCAGAGAGCACCCGGUUCCUAAUAUGCACUUUGCAGUUUGUCACAGAAAGAGAACGAAGACACCGCUAAGUGGGUGCACAUUACAGUAGCAUUUGCAUGCAUAGAGUUUAGCCUGUCACCCAGAUGUAGUCGUUAGAGAGAGGAGCAGCGUUUGGAAUAUACUUGAACUUUUAUUUUGUCAUCAUUUAUUGUGUCUUUGUAUCGGCUGCGCUCAGAAGAAGACGCUUCACUUUCACAUUUGCCGUUUUAAGUAUCAACAUUUUGCAUCACUCAGAGAUUGUGCAGCACAUUGAAUGACCGGGCUCAUAAGCCCAACAUGUACUGUACUGUAACAGAGGUGAUCUGCCUGGGACAAGCAGCUGCAGCCUUUUUUUCCCAGCCGCGCUGUAGGUGCGAGUGCCAGGGAUAACAUGGAUGUGCCAAUAAUAAGCACAUCUACUCCAUGUGUUAAGUUUGAUUUAAUUUAAGGUUAAUAUGUCAUGAACUACCAUAGGACCUCAAUUAAAUACAGUAUUAAAUGUUGUUAGGGAGAAAAGCAGUGUUAUAUGUUUAGUAGUUUACUUGGCUCUGUGUACUACCCCGUGAGAUGAUACAUUUAUUAGACUAUUAAAGGUGGUAGUGCGCCAAAAGACUGUACAACACAGUACAGUGCACAUUUUAUAACAACUCUGACUAAUAGCAGCAAUGCUGUGCUAAAACUGCUAAAAUCAAGUUCUCCCCAUAUACUGGACAUCAGUUUAUAAUGCCAAAUAUUUUUAUUUUGCCUGAUUUUAUUUGUGUUAUUUAAAAGUAGAACUUUUUCAUUGGAGGUAUGAGAUUUUUAAUUUUACAUAGCAAUAAAAUGU